UCAAAAAAGAGAAUUUUUGAGCCCCGUGUGCUAUUUCCUCUUCUGAAGUGAAGAAGACCCUGUCUCAUGUUCGAGGUUUUACGUAAACCAGGUCCCCAGAAACUAGGGCCCUUUUCUACCAGGGAAUAGAAAACACCGCCUCCGAGAGAGCCUGGAUCUUGCACUUUGCAUCUUUGCAACUGUGAGUUAGGCUUGGGCUGUUUGCCCCUCUUUGUUAGAUCGGAUCCUGUCGGAUCGAACAUUAUCCGCGGGGUUCAGCGCCGCCUGUUGUCGGUUCACGGUGGUUUUUCGUCGCUCGCUCCUUUCUAUUUUUCAUCUUCACGGUAUUUGACUACCUCUGGAAAUUUCGGCUUCCUUUUCACCUCUAUCUGCACCGGCGGUUUGAAAAUCUACAUUUGGGGCAUCACAAGUGUUUUCCCUGUUCAGUGCCGCCGGGACUUGAAUCUAUAAUUUGCUCGCUAUAUAGCUAGUCGGUUCGGGUGUUUGGUUACCAUAUUGUCGGAGGGACCUGGUGCAAUACACGGUGCGAGAAUUUAUCGUCGAUCGUAACUGUUACCGAUACAGCUUGGUUGGAUUUCGAGAAAUUUGUGGCUUUCAGGCAGCUAUGUUACCGCCCCAUUGUGAGCCCCGAGGGGCUUUCCUUACUACUAUUUCCUCCGUCUUCGGGACAUGUAUCCCUUCAGCUAUAAGUUUCGUCUCAACCGUUUUCGGAACGUUAUCAAUGAUGUCUUGGCUGUGCGCCCAGAUACCGCAGGUACAUAAAAACUACCUCAACCAGUCGGCGGAAGGCUUGUCGUGGGCAUUUAUGGCGAUUUGGCUGGCUGGUGAUAUAUGCAAUUUCACGGGUGCGGUACUCCUCCAUCAACAGCCUUUUCAGAUUGCUAUAGCCGCGUAUUACAUUCUCAUAGACACGGUCUUGGUGUUCCAACUUUACUAUUACGGAUUUGGGUCAGAAAGACUCGAUCGACGUGCUCCUGUGAUUAAGAAAAGUGAGAGCGAGGUUGGGGAGGAUAAUACCCGGACCCCGUCUCUAUACAGCUAUGGGACCAAUCAGAAUCCUAACCUCGAUGGAUUGAGGGAUAGAGUAAGAGUAGCAAGAACACAUUGUGACAACCGUAGCUUUCGGACCAUAGUCUUUGGGUCAUUGGCAUUGCUUUCAUCCCGCGCACACGCCGCACCUAUAGGAACCCAGGCCCCUCUCGCAGAGGUUGAUAUAGGCCAGAUCUUGAGCUGGACAAGUUGCAUACUAUAUUUCUCCUCCCGAAUCCCCCAAAUCUUGAAGAACCAUUCCCGCAAAUCAACUGACGGCCUCUCACCAAUCCUCUUCAUGGCUGCUUUCUCGGGAAAUUUCUUCUAUUCCGCGAGUCUGAUCAUUAACCCGCUUGGCUGGAACGACUAUCCCGCCUACGGAGGCGGUGGGCUUGCAGGCCCGGAUGGCAGUGUCGCGGACGAAUGGUGGAGCAGAACACUCCCGUUCUUCCUGGGGGCCUGGAGCGUGGUUAUCAUGGAUGCCAUUGUUGGGCUACAAUUCUACCGAUGGCCGCCGAAGAAGGACGAGUUAGAGGUAGUAGGAGCGCAGGUAGAGGAUGAGAGACAAGGAUUGCUCUCCGAGGUAGAGAGCUCGUAUAAUGAUACCGGAACUGGUUAGAAUUGGAGUUGGGGGGUUUUGUCUUUUUUCUUUCAGAGAAUUCAUUUUGCUGUUGCUGGGUUUUCGUCCCUGUAUUUUGAAUAUCAUCUAUAGCUCGGGUUGGGGCUUAACUACUUAGCUUAAAUUUCCGUGCUUUUAGAACUGUUAGAGAGAUUUUUGUACCUUUUUCUUUUUUCUCAUUGAUUUUAUGAUACUUUGGCGGAGCAGGGCAGAGGUAGGGUUUGGUCAGGUUUCUUGGACCUGAGUUUCGCUUUUUUUUUUUUUUUGUCACCUUGAUUUAUUGCUAGUUAUUUGGCAUCUCUUUUCCUGAACAGUUCAUUUCUUAAA